AUGGCACCUUCACGAGGAUCUUCAUUAUCAGGGUCAAAUCCCCACUCUCCUCCCACAUCGAGCCUAGAGCCGAAGUCAGGUCCACACCCUUUAUCGCUCUCUACGCCAUUAUCAAGGAUGAGUUCACCUCCUUCAACGGCAGAACAGCGGUACGACGCAGCGGAUCCUAUCAUUCCUAUCGCCCAUAUAAAAUCAAACUUAUCAGCUCAACAUCAAGCUUCUACUACCGAAAUAGAUAUGGAUCAGCACCAAGGAGAAAAGUCAAAACGAGGCAGGACCGAGGUCAUAAGGGAAGAAGAGGAGAAGAGGAAUUUGACCAAUAGAUCAUCAUCUUUAUCUACUUCUCCUACGAGGCUAGCUUCGGGUUGUAGCUAUGGUCCAAAAAUCAAUGACGAAUUCUUACAGGGGACCAAAAUCAAAUUAGAACCGGAACUCUUGUCGUCGAUGAACGAAAAUAGAGACAGUGAGGAUUAUAGGAUAUUAUGGGUCGAUUUCCCACCUCACUCACCACAGAAUCCAUUGUACUUCUCUCAAACUAGGAAGUACGGUAUAACGAUCGUUGCUACGCUCUUCACUAUGAUGACUUCUAUGAAUGUAGGAGCGUUUAGCAUAGGAAUGGAAAGUCUGACGGCGGAUUUGGGUUGUACGAGGGAACAAGCUGCGAUUGGAUUGGGUAUCUAUAAUUUCGGUUUCGCUGCUAUGCCAUUGAUACUUGCACCAUUGUCAGAGGAGUUCGGUAGAAGAUGGACAUAUGUCGUUGCUGUGAUUCUGUAUCUCCUGUUUCAUAUAAUGAUCGCACUAGCUAAAAACCUUUCCACCAUGCUGUUGGCUCGUGUAUUUCAAGGUUGUUCAGGUAGUGUUGCAGCCACUCUAGUUGGAGGUACGAUUGCGGAUAUAUAUAUCCCAGCAGAUCGAGGUUUACCUUCAGCCAUUUUCGCUUUUACUGCCAUUGCAGGUAGUGGUUUGGGACCGUUCGUAUUCUGCUGGGUGGAGUCGAACCCGAAAUUACAAUGGAGAUGGAUUUGGUGGAUACAAGCUAUGAUGAUUGCCGCUCUCAUCGUUCCUAUAUUUUUGGUAAUGAGGGAAACGCGAGAAAGUAUAAUCUUACGUCGUAGAGCCAAGAAACUCCGUAAAGAAAGAGGAUUGAAUGACGGAGGGAGAUAUACAGCUAGGAGCGAAGUUGGGAAAGUCAAUUUCACGGAAGCUAUGAAGACUAGUUCUCUCAGGGCUAUCACUUUCUUGCUUGUCGAACCGAUCUUGUUGUUCUUCUCUAUUUGGAUGGGUAUCGGAUGGGGUGUUCUGUAUACUAUGGUCACUGGAUUGUCAUACAACUUCAAAAGUGUUUACGGCUUCACCACCAAUCAAGUCGGUCUGGCUUAUAUCUCAAUUACAAUCGGUGCACUGUUCGGAUUCGGAUUCAACUUUGUUCAAGAUGCAAUGUAUAGACGAAAAGUAGAAGAAAAAGGUAUAGAAGCUAGAUUAUAUGCUCCAAUGGUAGCUGGUUUGACAUUCGCUAUUGGAUGUUUCAUCUUCAGUUUCACUUCCACCGCUUCGAUAAGUUAUAUCGUACCUUGUUUAGGUAUUGUCGUCAUUAUAGCCGCUGUGUUUACCAUCUACAUCAGUGCCUUUGUAUAUAUAUCCGAAUGUUAUGGGUCAUACGCAUCUUCAGCAAUAGCAGCGCAAAGUUUCUUGAGAAAUAGUUUUGGAGGUGCAUUUACAUUUUUCACUUUACAGAUGUACGAUUCCCUCACACCGAGAUGGACGACCUUCACCUGGGGAUGCGUCGCAUUAUUGUUGUCAACUGUACCUUUCAUAGCUUUUUAUUUCGGCCCCAAAAUACGAUCGAAAUCGAAGUAUUCGAAGAUUUUGAUGAAGGAAGAACAGGAGAGGAUAAUGAGGGAGAAAGAGAUUUUGGAUGGUAUGGGUUAA